UUCAGCUCAUAGUAGGCUAUCGAACACCAGAAUGCCGGCUCCGAGUAAGUCACCGGCUGCAAGUCUGCAUAAGAAGCACAUCGUUGUUUCAGCUGGAAGCAAGCUCAUGAGGUGCAACCUGGGCACAACAGCAUGCAAGGAUGGUUCAGACUGCAUUCCCUUCAGCCACGUAUGUGAUGGAGAGAAUGACUGCAAGGAUGGUUCGGAUGAAGAAGACUGUGAAUCAGGAUGUACUGAAGAUCAGUUCCAAUGUGCCCAUGGAAAGAAGUGUAUAGCCAAGGACCAGGUGUGUGACGGUGUACCUCAGUGCCAGGACCACUCUGAUGAGCAGUGCAUGAAGCAAUCAGAAGGCUGUGAUCAUCUCUGUGAUAAGACUCGCUGCCUGCCUGCAAGCUUUGUCUGUGAUGGGGAGCGAGACUGUCUCGAUGGCACUGAUGAGGACAUAUGUGACGAAGAAGAGAUCCCAUCGCCUUCUGUGGCUGCUCCCUCUGCGUUUCUUCCCAUCAGGUGUAGUUUGGGCUCCAAACUCUGCAAAGACGGCACAGAUUGCGUCCACUACAAUUACAUCUGUGAUGGUGAAGCUGACUGCAGAGAUGGGUCCGAUGAGGAAGACUGUUCAUCAGAAUGUGAAAAUGACCAAUUUCAGUGUGCUCAUGGAAAGAAGUGCAUAGAGAGGAGCCAGGUCUGCGAUGGUGUGCCUCAGUGUCAGGACCGUUCAGAUGAACUAGAAUGCUCCAAGCGCACGGACAGCUGUGCUCACCAGUGUGACGACAAGAGGCGGUGCAUCCCCAGCAGUUUCCUCUGUGAUGGGGAGAGGGACUGUGCAGAUGGCAGUGAUGAAGCAACCUGUGCUGACGAGGAGUGCAGUACUUCUGACUUUAGGUGCACCAGUGGCCAGUGUGUGGCUGCCACAAUGCAUUGUGACGGUCACCCAGACUGCUGGGAUCGCUCAGAUGAAGAGGGCUGCACCAAAGAGCCAGUCUGCACCACCAAACGCCGCUGCCCACAGAGCAAGGAGUGCCUUGUAGAGGAGUGGCUCUGUGAUGGAGACCAGGACUGCAAAGAUGGCACUGAUGAGAAGGAUUGUCCCAUGGAUCCAGGGAACUGUGGUGACUUCCAGUGGCUGUGUAAGUCCGAAACAAAGUGCAUCCCUAAAGUCUGGAGGUGUGAUGGCAUGAAGGACUGUGAAGACGGUAGUGAUGAGACUGACUGUGGGCCAGUAGAAUGCCUUCCUCAUGAGUUCCAGUGUGGCAGUCAGGAGUGCUUGGAUCCAGUUUUGGUAUGCAACGGCAUUACCAACUGUGCAGAUGGCUCAGACGAGGGAGGCAGCUGCCAAAUGGGCUGUACAGAGGCAGAUGACGAGCGCUGCUCUCAGGGUUGCUACAGCACGCCACAGGGAAUUGGCUGUCACUGUGCAGCAGGUUACAAGCUCAUGGAGGAUGGGUUCUCUUGUACUGAUGUUGACGAGUGUGACCUGACACCAGGUGUAUGCAGUCACCUCUGCAUCAAUACACCAGGCUCCUACCAAUGUGACUGUCAUCCAGGUUUUGUCAUGGAAGCAGGUGGACACCAGUGCAAGGUCACAGGUGAACCUUUCCUGUUGUCUUCAGUCCACACUGAACUGUACUUGUAUGGUUUGCGCAGUGGAAGCCUGGAUUUGCUGUCAUCCACAGCCAAGAAAGCCAUUUUGUGUCUGGACUAUGACUGGAGAGAGCAUAAAGUGUUCUGGGUCAGUGUAGGCACAGAAACCAUAAGGUGGUCCUCAUUAGACCUGAAGACUAGUGGAACCUUCCUUAAAGGUGUCCGGGCUGACUCUGUAGCUGUAGACUGGCUCGGGAGGAACCUGUACUGGAUUGACGGGAUGCAUGGCCAGAUUGUUGCCAUCAGAUUGGCAAAACCCCCUAUGAAGUCACUGGACAAAAGCAUCAUCCUGGAUGAAGAUCUGGAUCAGCCCCGUUCUCUGGCCCUGCUGCCACAAAAAGGGUUAAUGUUCUGGACAGAAAUUGGCAAUGUGGUGAAGAUUGAACGUGCUGGAAUGGAUGGAUCUGAGAGGAGGGUAGUGGUCAACUCUAGCUUAGGCUGGCCAAGUAGCAUUGCAGUGGACACAAUCUCUGACAAGAUUUAUUGGACAGAUGAGAGACUGAGAGCCAUUGGAUCAGCUACACUGGAUGGUGGCAGUGUUAAGAUUUUUCAGAUUAAAGAGACCACUCACCCAUUCUCUGUGGCAGUCUUCAAUGACAUGCUGUACUGGUCUGAUACAGAGAAGCAAGUGGUGCAGGCUGCUAAUAAAUCAUCUGGUAAAAAUCGCCAGGUUCUCCUUAAAAGACUCAGGCAACCUUUUGCUGUGAAGAUUGUUCACCCAGUACUCCAGAUGGAUAUUGGGAGCCCCUGCCAAAAGAUGGCCUGCUCCCACAUGUGUGUCUUGGCCCCAGGACCCAAGGCUGUAUGCAAGUGUCCCACUGGUGUCUUACUUGCUAGGGAUGGCCUGACCUGCUCCAACCUGGUUACAUCAACUGUCCUCAUGUUGCUGCUGCCUUCCUCUGUCACACAGAUCUAUCUGCAACCCCAACAAGCUGCAGUGGAGUUGAAGGGCUGGCCUGAACAUUUGGCUCUUCAGGUCCCCAAUGUCAAUGAAGCUGCCAUCAUGGACUACAGCUUGCAUGAACACACUCUGCUCAUCACAGAUGAUGCCACAAAUUCACUGCACUCUUUCAAGGUAAAGGACUCCCUCUUGACGUCUCAUCGCCAGCUUCUCAGUCUUUUGGAUGACUCCAUUACUGCCAUGGCCCUUGACUGGAUUACCCGUAAUGUGUACUGGAGCAGCAGCAAGCAGCCCCGUGUGCAGGUCACCUCAAACACUGGGGCAUACACAGCUGUUGUCAUAAAGGAUGGUAUCAGUAGAGUGGGGUGUAUUGCCCUCCACCCUCCUAGUGGGAAAAUAUGUUUCACAAAUCAAGAUUUGCUGGAUUUAAAUACCAAGGCAACAGUAGAAUGUGCUCACAUGGAUGGUGGAGACCGGAAAGUUGUGUGGAAGGAUGCUGUCCAGCCUGCAUCACUGGUCUUCUCUAGUAAUGGAGAUACCAUCUACUGGGCUGACACAAAAAUGGGGACCAUUGGCUCUGUCCAUAUGAAUGGCUCUGGAUACAGGGAGGUGGAGGCUGGCGCUGGCCUGACUGCGGUAACUCUGGAUGACUACACAAUGCUCUGGAUGACCACCGGUGAUGCGACUAGGGUCUGGUACACGGACGAUCAGAACCAGAGGUUGUGGUUUGAGGUUGGUACACAAGUGCUCAACAUGAAGUCCUUCAGCAAGUCCAGUCAGGCAGGUUCUAACUCGUGCACAGAAAACAAUGGUAAUUGCCAGCACCUGUGCCUCCCCACGCCGGCAGGUCGGACGUGCACGUGUGCACAUGACCACAUUCUUGUAAAAGGCACAAAUUGCAGCCCACAGCAAAGCUGCCCAGCUGGCAGCAGGCCAUGUCUGGAUCAGAGCUCAUGCCAGCCUACUGAGAAAUUCUGUGACGGGCUCGUUGACUGCUCUGAUCACUCGGAUGAGAACUGUGUUGGUCUGAAGCAGUGGUCAAGAACCAAGGUCCCUACUUCCCUCCAGCCUAACGGCUCCUCUCCAUCCUCCCCUCGCCCACCAUCUCUGCCGGCUCUGGAUGAUGAUGGCCUUAACUCCAGUCACCUCAUGAAUCUGGAGGCACGGCAGUGCAGCCAGAAGCGCUGCAGUGGCAAUGGACACUGCGUGGCAAUGAAUGAAGCGACUGCUUGUGUGUGUUCAGAGGGUUAUACUGGCGACUCGUGUGAGAACCACAUCAAAAACAUCCAAGGUCCCAUCAUCUAUGGUGUAGUGGGUCUCUGUGCAGCCCUUGUGGUCGUUGGUGUGGUGACAGUGGUGGUUAAAAAGAAGACUAAUUCAAGGGCUGCUAGAGGAGAGGCAGUUAAAGGAAUGGGCAUGGCUAACCUGGAAGACAAACCCGAGACCAACGCACCACCUGCUCAGGAAGAUGCAGCCAAACCAGAGGGAGCUGUAUCUUCUGUGGACUAAAGCUGAUUUAUGUAGUGGGUUUUUUAAAUAAAU